UUGAUAUACGUGGCAUCUGAAAUGAGCUUCGCGUGCCUGUUUGUGCACGAAUAAUCGGUUCCCAUUGCACGGAUAAUCGGUUCCCAUGGAAGGGUUCGCGUCUGAUUGACUGAUCGAACCUCGUCCAAUUUUUUGGAAGAGCUUUUGCUCUCCUUCCCAAAUGCGUUCCUUUGGAAACCCUUCUCCGUCUUCAAAGAAGCAGCAGCAGAAACAGGAGAGAGAAUGGUUUGCGGUGAGUUUCAAGCCGGAGAACUUCAUACCAGGUCUAGUCAUUGGUUUCAUUCUUGGGAUGUUCUUGGACUUAUCAAAACCCACCAAAAGAAGUAGUAGUAGUACUACUACUACUAGUACCAACACUAGCAAUCGCUUGUUGGGAAAGCAUCAGCAGCAGAGGAUGGCCGCUCUUGACUCUUAUGAAGAACUUAAAAUGGUUUUGGUAGUUAGACAAGACUUAAAGAUGGGGCCUGGAAAGAUUGCAUCUCAAUGUGCUCAUGCUGCCACUGGGUUAUAUUCAGAACUGGUGCACAGUCAGCGGUCCCUUUUGAGACAAUGGGAGCUAUGUGGGCAGCCCAAAAUAGUCGUCACAUGCAAGAAUCAGCAAGAAAUGAAUAAGCUGAAGGAAGCUGCUGAGAUUAUUGGCCUUCCAACUUUUGUUGUUGCUGAUGCAGGACGUACUCAGGUUUCGGCUGGGUCAAAGACAGUACUUGCUGUUGGACCUGGAAGUAAGGCAUCUGUAGAUUCAGUAACAGGGAAACAGCGCCUACUCUAAUGGUUUAAUUAAUCACCGUAAACGUGGUUUGAUUUGCUCGCAACUCUUCUCGCUGUUACGUAUUUGAUAGUAUCAUUUUUUGCCCUUCAAAGUGCGUGGCCAAUGUCAAGGUAAUCCAGGGCAUGCUCUAAGUAUAACACCAGCUCAGAAAUCGUGGCAAUUUCCUCGAAACAACAAUUUGUAACUUAUUUUCGAUGUCUUCCCAAACUGCCUUAUUAGAUACCUGACUUGUUAACGCUCUCCCCUUGGCGACGGAGAGAAGCAGAGUAGAAAAGGCAUUUAGCUGUGUAAUUUGUAGUUGGAAAGAUGUAGCAACUGGUUCUCUUGAUAUACAUUCUGCCAAUAAUGAGGCAACCUAAUAUAGAAAUUGCAGCUUUCUUUUA